GGGGACGGAGAGUUCUGUGCCGCGGCGGCCUCGUCGGGGAAGCCGGGCAUCUUGGCGACCUCGGAGGGCGGCGGCAGCCACGACUGACCCUCGGCGUUCAGCUUGGGGGCGGAGCCUUCGCCAUCAGGCUCUGGCGAAGCCUUCCUCUUCACACUGCGCAGGUGCUUCCCCCUGUCUGAGGCGGAAAGUAAGUCAAAUGGAGCACUUCCUGUCGCCAUGAUGUCAUCCUACCUGUCUUGGACGAGGAGGCGGGGCCGUCACACGCCGUCAUCCGCGGCAUGGUCACGUGCUCCUUCUUCAGCCUGCCGUCCAGCGCGUGCAAGGCCAUGAGCUCGCGCACGCUCUUGCCCGCCAUGUUUUUCUCCAGAGCCGCGGCGUGGCUGCCGUUGACCAGCUGCCGUCGCGGGUUGGGGCUCUGGCGGUUCGGCUCGGGCGUCUCGUCGCCUUUGGGCAAGCCGUUGGUCAGCCGCGCCGCCUGGUAGUCCGGACCCGGGCGCGGCGCGUAGCGGUCCCCGGCCGAAUGGUGGAGCUCCUUCCCGGGGAGAGGUGCCUUCCCCGGCUGCGAGGCUCGGCCCUCCCGGAGGCCGUGGGCCCGCUUGAGCUGGCGGGCGGCUUCGAUGACGAACUCGACCCUGUCGGCGCCCUCGUAGUUGACACAGCCGCGACACACCGCCUCGCUGAAGUCCCAGACGACGGCCCAGGGCAUGCGGGGCAGGUCACACAGGUAGCAGGACUGGCGCCGGGACGCGGCCCCGGCCGACAUGUUGUUGCCGCGGGGACUCGGAACAAAGAGUCCACGGUGGAGGACUUUAGUGCGGCGAGGAAAAGCAGCCCCCGUGGCGGGAAGCCAUCGUGUUGCUUUCGUGGACGCGCGCACGACUCCUCGCUCGUGGCAAUAAAGCCCGCUGACGUCACGGCUCGUGCGCGGUGCCUGUGUUUACUGGAGUGCCGCACAUGCGCACGAGGGGGGCUGGCGCCAGAGAUUGUUGUUUCGUAAAACGGCUCACUACUCAUCUUUUGUCGCCCUCCGAUGAAACACAAUGGAGUGGCGAGGUCACACAACUGCAGCCAUGCGACAUCCCAACAGUAUCAUCGAGCCAGAAGAAAGUGUCCUCGCGAGAAUCCCUGUCGGCAAUCCUCAGCCGACGUUCUGGACCGCACAAUUCCUGGAGGACUUGAAGGCCAGGUUUGUGCGGUCCCAGCCUACAGACGCGGACCCUCUCCCCGCGGCAACGCCACCGGCUUCGGCUCUCCGACCGGCGCGUCCCCCGCCGCCAUCUUUCCUCUCGGCUCAACGGCUGGCUACGGCUCUCCGACCAGCACGUCCGCCACUUCCUGCAUGCCUCGCGGCUCCCGCGGCAACGCUACCGGCUACGGCUCUCCGACCGGCGCGUCCUCCGCCGCCAUCCUUCCUCUCGGCAACGCUGCCGGCUACGGCUCACCGACCGGCGCGCCCGCCUCCUCCUUCACGUCUCGCGGCUCCUGCGGCUCCGUCGCCGACUGCGGCUCUCCGACCGGCACGUCCGCCGCCGCCAUCCUUCCCGUCGUCUGCUGAGCUGCUUCUCCCUGCUCCUACGCAGCUUCCAGCGGCUGCUCCCCGGCUGCUCUUUUUGCCAGCUCCCGCUCUCUUUUUUGGUCCGCCGAGAGCUCCAGUGGAGCCCACAGUGAGGUCGCUUUUGUCCUCCUGCUGGGACUUGGCACGGGACGUGUCUUCGUCCCUCCUCCUGGUCCCCUCCCGCCCGUCCCUGGUUUUCGCACCGGGGGACUCCGACGAGCAGGCACGUUUUCCCGCAUGUGUGAACGGUGUCUGGCAGCCACCUAGUGGA